CGCUUCGUCACGAUCCUCAAGAGCUCACAUGCAUUUGGUCAGUCGCUGAUGGGUAUCAACCCAAUUGAUCGCCUCUCCUGUCCAGCUCACGACGAAAAUGCAGAAAAGCAAAGCGCUCGGCGCGUUGCUACGAAUUGACCAACUGCGUGCGCGGCAAACUCGACAGUUGUUGAGUGCCGUCAACUCAUCAAUCCGCGCACGGCCAAACCAAGAACGCGGCUUCGCUACCGGUUCUACAACGUCCCCGCCGGGGAAGAAUCCCGCAAGAACUGACUCACGCUCCAAUGACACGGCGUCUCCAGCCCACCGAGAGCAAGGCUCGGCCCGAAGAGUUGACCGGCACCUGCACGACAUCCUCAACCACCCGCUCUUCAGCCCGGAUGAGAGGACAAUACAAGCAAACGAAGAUCCCUCCGGCUACAAUGCAUGGAGUGCGCAGAAGACCGUCUUUCUGAAGGCUGUCUCGAGAGGCCUCAUGACUGUACAGAGAGCGCAUGGUUUCCUGAUCUUGGUCAAGCAUCAAGUAUGGAGUGAGACGGCAAGGGCCGGGGUGCCGACUCCGGGUGCAAGCGGUGCACCGCCGAUCCACAACGCCAAAGACACUGCAAGCGAUGCGCGCCCGUCCCUCAAAGACACCGGCGCCGGCGGACUCGUACUACAAUGGCUACGGUCUGCCGGCUUGGAGGGCGAUCUCCUUUUCCUCGACAAUACGAAAUUUCGGGGACUCCUCCUGGAGUUCAUCGUCGACGAAGGUCUGGACCACGCGGUCUGGGCCUGGAUCGAGAAUCUGAUGGGGAGAGUGUUGAGCUCGAAAGAGGACGCCGCAUACCGCUUUGAGCCCUUGCUGGUGAACUAUGUGGAGAUCAAAUCUCGCGCUGCCGAACUGGAAGAGGCUUAUUCUGCCGUCCUAAAGGGGGAGGCAAUGCUCCAAGGGACAGGGUUACCGAACAACAUUCUAGCGAAGCCCUGGUCUACAGUGACAUAUCACACCACAGUGAAUGCGUGGGAGCACGAAAAACCGCCAGUCCGACUGUUCGACCCAUUUGUCGCUUUGGGACUCGUAAUACCAGCGCCAAUAGUGCAUAGGGCACAUCUCGACCUGUACCACCCAGUCAACCCGUCCCCCAACCUGGCUAUUGAAGUGCUUUCAGGCAAGUCAGUUUGGGAGAAUAUCCCGACUGAUACACACAGAGUCCGGACAUCGCAGUGGGCUCAGCGCAUCAACCUGCUUGGCGUGGACACGAUACAGCACCUCAUGCGGACCGAUAGGGGUAGCGAAGCAUCCCGAAUUUCCGAUAUCCUGUUGAGACAUCUUGCUCCGAUCUUUGGAUCGUCCCACAAGGCUGCCGUCUGAUGCGGAAGCCGACGCCCCUUGUGUUAUGACUCAAAGCGCUCAGGAGCUUGGUUCCCCUUGUCAGCUGCUUCAGCUAAAGCUGCCGGCUGCCUUGCUGAGGUUGGUCGCGCCGUCGUGGGAACGGCGUGUCUAUUCUUUUGAUACCCGGCCGGGUACAGCCGAUUGUCCAGCAGAGGGUGCACCCCGUCACAGCCCCAAGCACGUAAUGUGUAUGAGGAGGGACGGGAGCCGUCUACCUUCAGUGUUCUGCCAAACCCGGAGCGACACUGCGGGAUGAAAAGGGGACGGCGACAGUGGUUGGUGGGGGCAUCGUCAGAUGAUCGCUAUUUGCCUCUGCGGUCUGUUUUGUAACCACUGACAAGUAUGUAUGCUUUAUGUAUAUAUUGCACAUGCCCUACAGAGGCCGCCAAUGAUAUUGGAAGAUCUGUAUUAG